AGCUGAGAGAGGGAAACAGUCCCUGCUCAGACCGUUUCUCAUUCUGAAGAAAAGGAGCGCUCCAGGAUGUUUGAUCUGUUGCUCGGUGCAGCUAUAGGAGGUGUUGGCACGGUUGUUUCCGCGCCCUUGGCGCUGGGAGCACUGGGCUUCACAGGGGCGGGCAUCGCAGCCGGCUCCAUCGCCACCAAGAUUAUGUCUGCAGCGGCCGUGGCCAACGGUGGGGGCGUCGCGGCGGGCAGCCUGGUAGCCACGCUGCAGUCCGUGGGGGCGGCCGGCAUAUCGACCAGUGCCUCCGCCGCCGUGGGCGUGAUCGGCUCCAUCGUCGGGGCGGCUCUGUCCCUCAUCUGAAGUUUAGAGCAUGGCCCUGAUGCCGGGACCAGCCUUAAGGUGGCCGGGAGACUGUCGUCACGGUGACACACCACCGCCCAGGAUCAUCCCAGAAAAAUAAAGGAAUAUUCCUCAUGGA